UCCAGGAACUGGACCAACAAGCUGAUGAUUUCAAUCCGGUGUGUUAAGUAAGGGUGUUCCAUGACUGGAAUUGAGAACCACUGACUUGGAAUGGAAUUCUUUCUUUAGAUAAAACUUGCCAUUCACCAACCCUGAUCAAAGCCGCCUACCUCAGAUUUUUCUAAUGAUCCCAAAGACAUUGACUGGCACUGAUUAACAUGCUCGGGUGUGUUUGACUAGGGUUGGAGCUAAACUCUGCAGGAAUGUGGAUCUCGAAGUCCAGAUUUAAGGAUCUCUGGUCUAUAUGCACAAACUAAAGCUGACUAUCUGUGUUCAUGCAGUGAAGCCAGGUCAAUGUCCCAUACCGGAGAUGAUCCCACUCUGUGCUGAUAGCUGUUUCAAUGAUGGCCAGUGUCCUGCCACACAGAAAUGUUGCCCAACCACCGGUGGCUUUGCAUGCAGUGAACCGCGUGGCCAGGGAAGAGGUCAGGCAACUUGCCAUGGAAACGGUUCUGGCCAGGGAAGCGGCUAUGGCCAGGGCGCAGGUCAGGGAAGCGGCUAUGGCCAGGGCGCGGGUCAGGGAAGCGGCUAUGGCCAGGGCGCGGGUCAGGGAAGCGGCUAUGGCCAGGGCGCGGGUCAGGGAAGCGGCUAUGGCCAGGGCGCGGGACAGGGCGCGGGUCAGGGAAGCGGCUAUGGCCAGGGCGCGGGACAGGGCGCAGGACAGGGAAGCGGCUAUGGCCAGGGUGCGGGACAGGGCGCAGGACAGGGAAGCGGCUAUGGCCAGGGCGCAGGUCAGGGAAGCGGCUUUGGCCAGGGUGCAGGACAGGGUGCUGGCCAGGGAAGCGGCUAUGGCCUGGGAAGCGGCUAUGGCCAGGGUGCAGGAGCUGGACAGGGAAGUGGCGCAGGAGUUGGACAGGGAAGCGGCUAUGGCCAGGGCGCUGGAGCAGGACAGGGAAGCGGCUAUGGCCAGGGCGCUGGAGCAGGACAGGGAAGCGGCUAUGGCCAGGGCGCUGGAGCAGGACAGGGAAGCGGCUAUGGCCAGGGCGCUGGAGCAGGACAGGGAAGCGGCUAUGGCCAGGGCGCAGGAGCUGGACAGGGAAGCGGCUAUGGCCAGGGCGCAGGAGCUGGACAGGGAAGCGGCUAUGGCCAGGGCGCAGGAGCUGGACAGGGAAGCGGCGCUGGAGCAGGACAGGGAAGCGGCGCUGGAGCAGGACAGGGAAGCGGCUAUGGCCAGGGCGCUGGAGCAGGACAGGGAAGCGGCUAUGGCCAGGGCGCAGGAGCAGGACAGGGAAGCGGCGCAGGAGCAGGACAGGGAAGCGGCGCAGGAGCAGGACAGGGAAGCGGCUAUGGCCAGGGCACAGGAGCAGGACAGGGAAGCGGCUAUGGCCAGGGCGCAGGAGCAGGACAGGGAAGCGGCGCAGGAGCAGGACAGGGAAGCGGCGCAGGAGCAGGACAGGGAAGCGGCGCAGGAGCAGGACAGGGAAGCGGCUAUGGCCAGGGCACAGGAGCAGGACAGGGAAGCGGCGCUGGAGCAGGACAGGGAAGCGGCGCUGGAGCAGGACAGGGAAGCGGCUAUGGCCAGGGCACAGGAGCAGGACAGGGAAGCGGCGCAGGAGCAGGACAGGGAAGCGGCGCAGGAGCUGGACAGGGAAGCGGCUAUGGCCAGGGCACAGGAGCAGGACAGGGAAGCGGCGCUGGAGCAGGACAGGGAAGCGGCUAUGGCCAGGGCGCAGGAGCAGGACAGGGAAGCGGCGCAGGAGCAGGACAGGGAAGCGGCGCAGGAGCAGGACAGGGAAGCGGCGCAGGAGCUGGACAGGGAAGCGGCUAUGGCCAGGGCACAGGAGCAGGACAGGGAAGCGGCGCUGGAGCAGGAGCAGGACAGGGAAGCGGCGCUGGCCAGGGCGCUGGAGCAGGAGCCGGACAGGGAAGUGGCGCUGGAGCAGGGGCCGGACAGGGAAGCGGCGCUGGCCAGGGCGCAGGAGCCGGACAGGGAAGCGGCGCUGGAGCAGGAGCAGGACAGGGAAGCGGCGCUGGAGCAGGACAGGGAAGCGGCGCUGGCCAGGGCGCUGGAGCAGGACAGGGAAGCGGCGCUGGCCAGGGCGCUGGAGCAGGACAGGGAAGCGGCGCUGGCCAGGGCGCUGGAGCAGGACAGGGAAGCGGCGCUGGCCAGGGCGCUGGAGCAGGACAGGGAAGCGGCGCUGGCCAGGGCGCUGGAGCAGGACAGGGAAGCGGCGCUGGCCAGGGCGCUGGAGCAGGACAGGGAAGCGGCUAUGGCCAGGAUGCUGGAGCAGGACAGGGAAGCGGCUAUGGCCAGGGCGCUGGAGCAGGACAGGGAAGCGGCGCUGGAGCAGGAGCAGGACAGGGAAGCGGCGCUGGAGCAGGACAGGGAAGCGGCGCUGGAGCAGGACAGGGAAGCGGCGCUGGCCAGGGCGCUGGAGCAGGACAGGGAAGCGGCGCUGGCCAGGGCGCUGGAGCAGGACAGGGAAGCGGCGCUGGAGCAGGACAGGGAAGCGGCGCUGGCCAGGGCGCUGGAGCAGGACAGGGAAGCGGCGCUGGCCAGGGCGCUGGAGCAGGACAGGGAAGCGGCGCUGGCCAGGGCGCUGGUGCAGGAAAGGGAAGCGGCUAUGGCCAGGGCGCUGGAGCAGGACAGGGAAGCGGCUAUGGCCAGGGCGCUGGAGCAGGACAGGGAAGCGGCUAUGGCCAGGGCGCUGGAGCAGGACAGGGAAGCGGCGCUGGAGCAGGAGCCGGACAGGGAAGCGGCGCUGGAGCAGGAGCCGGACAGGGAAGCGGCGCUGGAGCAGGAGCCGGACAGGGAAGCGGCGCUGCAGCAGGAGCCGGACAGGGAAGCGGCGCUGGAGCAGGAGCCGGACAGGGAAGCGGCGCUGGAGCAGGAGCCGGACAGGGAAGCGGCGCUGGAGCAGGAGCCGGACAGGGAAGCGGCGCUGGAGCAGGAGCCGGACAGGGAAGCGGCGCUGGAGCAGGAGCCGGACAGGGAAGCGGCGCUGGAGCAGGAGCAGGACAGGGAAGUGGCGCUGGCCAGGGCGCUGGAGCAGGAGCCGGACAGGGAAGUGGCGCUGGAGCAGGAGCCGGACAGGGAAGUGGCGCUGGAGCAGGAGCAGGACAGGGAAGUGGCGCUGGCCAGGGCGCUGGAGCAGGAGCCGGACAGGGAAGUGGCGCUGGAGCAGGAGCCGGACAGGGAAGUGGCGCUGGAGCAGGAGCCGGACAGGGAAGUGGCGCUGGAGCAGGAGCCGGACAGGGAAGUGGCGCUGGAGCAGGAGCCGGACAGGGAAGUGGCGCUGGAGCAGGAGCAGGACAGGGAAGUGGCGCUGGAGCAGGAGCAGGACAGGGAAGCGGCGCUGGCCAGGGUGCUGGAGCAGGACAGGGAAGCGGCGCUGGCCAGGGCUCUGGAGCCGGACAGGGAAGCGGCGCUGGCCAGGGCUCUGGAGCCGGACAGGGAAGCGGCGCUGGGGCAGGAGCCGGACAGGGAAGCGGCGCUGGGGCAGGAGCCGGACAGGGAAGCGGCGCUGGGGCAGGAGCCGGACAGGGAAGCGGCGCUGGCCAGGGUGCUGGAACAGGAGCAGGACAGGGAAGUGGCGCUGGAGCAGGAGCCGGACAGGGAAGUGGCGCUGGAGCAGGACAUGGAAGCGGCUAUGGCCAGGGCGCAGGAGCUGGACACGGAAGCGGCGCUGGAGCAGGAGCAGGACACGGAAGCGGCACUGGAGCAGGACAGGGAAGCGGUGCUGGCCAGGGAGCUGGAGCAGGACAGGGAAGCGGCGCUGGAGCAGGACAGGGAAGCGGCGCUGGAGCAGGACAGGGAAGCGGCGCUGGAGCAGGACAGGGAAGCGGCGCUGGAGCAGGACAGGGAAGCGGCGCUAUAGCAGGACAGGGAAGCGGUUAUGGCCAGGGCGCUGGAGCAGGACAGGGAAGCGGCGCUGGAGCAGGACAGGGAAGCGGCGCUGGAGCAGGACAGGGAAGCGGCUAUGGCCAGGGCGCUGGAGCAGGACAGGGAAGCGGCUAUGGCCAGGGCGCUGGAGCAGGACAGGGAAGCGGCGCUGGAGCAGGACAGGGAAGCGGCGCUGGAGCAGGACAGGGAAGCGGCUAUGGCCAGGGCGUUGGAGCAGGACAGGGAAGCGGCGCUGGAGCAGGACAGGGAAGCGGCUAUGGCCAGGGCGCUGGAGCAGGACAGGGAAGCGGCGCUGGCCAGGGCGCUGGAGCAGGACAGGGAAGUGGCGCUGGAGCAGGACAGGGAAGCGGCUAUGGCCAGGGCGCUGGAGCAGGACAGGGAAGCGGCUAUGGCCAGGGCGCUGGAGCAGGACAGGGAAGCGGCGCUGGAGCAGGACAAGGAAGCGGCUAUGGCCAGGGCGCUGGAGCAGGACAGGGAAGCGGCUAUGGCCAGGGCGCUGGAGCAGGACAGGGAAGCGGCUAUGGCCAGGGCGCUGGAGCAGGACAGGGAAGCGGCGCUGGAGCAGGACAAGGAAGCGGCUAUGGCCAGGGCGCUGGAGCAGGAGCAGGACAGGGAAGUGGUCAAGGGAAGUGUCGGGGAUGUGGCAAAGGUCAAUGUCGCCUUUAGGGACAUGUUCAUGGGAAUUUUGCAUAAUACUUUCUGGGGGUCUUUUCCAAUGCUUUUGUUCAGAUGUCAUGUUUUCCCUGUUUGCUCAAACUGUUUAGAAAGAUUUUCUGACUCUCUCUACCACUACUAUCACCUCAAAUAAAUAAAAAAUUGCUUGAUUUGAA